AUGGGCACACUGACGGCCCUGGAAUUGUUGACGGCAUUCCAAGAUCCUAGUCCGGUGGAGGUCUCUCACCUGCUUCUACUCGAUGAUGCUUGGACUGGCGAACAAACGGGCGGGCCGUUUAAUUAUGACGACCUAAGAAAGAGGGCAAUAGAGUACCGAGCGUCCAUUCAAGAGCGGUUGGGUCAGUUUUUCGGGCCACAGACUUCACUGGAACUUGAAGCUAAGACCCGCACCAGCUUCGCUGGUUUGGAUUUUGAGUAUGCGCUACGCACGGGUCACUGGUAUCGCGGAGUGGAAGCCAAGGCCGCACAGUCGCUGCAUAAUCUCGAAGCGAAGAAUAGGUUGUUGUUGGGUUCCCGAGACAAGCUCAUUCGUGUGUUGAUUGCGCAGAGUCAAGAAGCUCAGGGACCCGGUGGGAGACAUAGCCUCGUCGAUGGGCAGACUAUUGCGCACAUGUAUCUUGUCCGUCGCCAUCUUGCCUCGGAGUGGAUUCAAGAGCUGGUAAUAGAAGGGACGAGUCAUUAUCCCCAUGUGGACGAUGUCGACGAGGCUUAUGGUAUGCCUGGCUAA